AUGUCUACCAACAUCACCUGGCACGCUGGUCUUACCCGCAAGGAGCGUAGCGAGCUCCGCAAGCAGCAGGGUGCUACCAUCUGGUUCACUGGUCUUUCUGCCUCUGGAAAGUCUACCAUUGCCACCGCUCUUGAGCAGCAUCUUCUCCAGAAGGGUCUUGCUGCCUACCGUCUGGAUGGUGACAAUGUCCGCUUCGGUCUCAACAAGGACCUUGGCUUUGACGAGAAGAGCCGUAACGAGAACAUCCGCCGUAUCGCAGAGGUCGCCAAGCUCUUCGCCGACUCCUCCUGCCUCGCCCUGACCUCCUUCAUCUCUCCCUACAAGGCCGACCGUCAAACCGCCCGUGCUCUCCACGAGCAAGCCGCCAACACAGACACCCCCCUCCCCUUCAUCGAAGUCUACGUCGACAUCUCCGUCGAAGAGGCCGAGAAGCGUGACCCCAAGGGUCUCUACAAGAAGGCCCGCGCUGGCGAGAUCAAGGACUUCACCGGCAUCAGCGCCCCCUACGAGGCACCUGAGAAGCCUGAGAUUCACAUCGACUCUGUCAACACCAGUGUCGAGGAGGCUGUUGUUCAAAUCACAAAGUACCUCGAGGAGAGAGGCCUCCUGAAGCAGGGUUAG